GUCAGUCUCCAGGUGCUGGUGCCAGCCUUUCCCUGGUGAAUGAGGCACAGUAUCUUCUGGUGAACACAUCAAGUGUUACGGAGCUUCAGCAGCAGCUAAAUGCCAGUGAUGAACAAGGAAAAGCGGAGUCAUUCUCCAUGAAAAAUCUCAUCUCCCGUUUCCGUGCCAAUAUCAUUACCGAAGGAGCUAGGGCUUUUGAAGAAGAGAAGUGGGAUGAGAUUUCAAUUGGCUCCUUGCAUUUCCAGGUUCUGGGACCUUGUCACAGGUGCCAGAUGAUUUGUAUUGACCAGCAAACUGGGCAGCGGAACCAGGAUGUUUUCCAGAAGCUUUCUGAGAGUCGGGGGAGGAAGGUGAACUUUGGUGUGUACCUGAUGCACUCGUCCUUGGAUUUAUCUUCUCCAUGCUUCCUGUCAGUGGGAUCUGAGGUGUUCCCUGUGUUGAAAGAGUGUGGAGCGUCCUGAUUUGCCUGCUUCCUGGAAACACCCGAGAGCAUUAAAGUUUCUCUCUACAA